CCCUCGUUAUAUAUAAGUGUACGAACGAUGUGAGCACUAUCCGAUGUCGUUUUAAACACACGCAGGGCGCCGGGAGCGAGAAAGGAGCUGCUGGGGGUGGUGAAAAGAAAAAGGGGGUCGGUUGGUCUCUUUCUCUCGGAGACUGUACGGACGCCGGUGGCGGUGAGUACCAAUAAGUAGCAACCGAUUGAUUGAUUUCGAGCCCUGCAAAUCUAUCUAAUCGUAGCUUGGAUAGAUUUAUGGGAGAGAUCGUAGAGGAGGAGGGGCCCGAUGUGGGCGACGCUGAUCGCAAUGGAGAAGUAGAUAACAAUAAUACAGUGGAAGUCAUUCUCCGAACCGUCGGCCCCGCUCGCCCCUCUCGCUUCCGCGUUCCCUCUACCAUCAAAGUGUGUGAUUUGAGAAGAUUGAUUUCGGGAAACGAUCGUCUACCCAUUGAUCAUUUAAGGCUUAUUUUGCGAGGGAAUGUAUUGCAUGACAACGACGAAAAUGGGAACCAUGUCUACCUACGACUUAAUGAUGGCGAUUCCCUAAUUGUUGCCGUCAAACCGAAGCCACCAAUUAAACAUCUUCGUGAGGGAUUUGAUGAUGAAGACGACGAUGAAGAUCUGAAGUUUCAGCUCCCACAUUCAUCAAGCAGGUGGAAAAGGAGGCUUUACUCUUUUCUACAUGAUAAGUUGAAGCUUCCAGAUAUCCUUUUGAUGGCGAUUCUUUCUCUCAGUCUAAAGGCAUGGGCCCUUAUUGUCUUGUGGUUUAUCUUGGCACCUGUUGCCCAUAGAUGGGAUCUUGGACCUCUAUAUAUACUUGGAUCCGGCUUUGUAAUCAUUAUCCUGAAUCUUGGACAUCGACAACCUGGUGACUUAAGUGCCUAUUCUAUUUUUAAUGAAGAAUUUAGAGAGCUUCCCGGGACACUUAAUGCAGAUCGUCUUGAUAGAGAUAUACGAUCAGGUCAAUUUUGAGCCUUUAUCAGUUCACACACCACAUUUGAUCAUCCAGUCGUAUUAAGAUCAAGUUAUAUAGUUGUGUAUCAAGGAAACUACUUUGAAGUUUUGACUUUAAAGAUGGCAAGUAUGCAAAUUCGAGUAUAUUGUAAAAGUUUUAAACAGUUUUUUUUUUUUUUUGG